GAGGAGCAAAUGAGGAGAGAGAGACAGAUUGCUGAAGACAAAUUCUUCCCUUCAUCAGAGUUGACAGCCGAGAAAAGCAGUUUCCAGGCUUCUGCUUUGAAAGAAUAAGUUUGCUGCGAUACCUUUAAAUACUGGCUAGCAUCUUACUUCCUCAUGAGACUUUUAAUUGCUGUUAUUAAUAAAGUUCCCUGAUACAUAACACAAAGCACCUUAAAUUCAGAGGUUCAUAUUGAACUAGAAGAAUGAGAACAAAACUUGGCAGAAUUUCAACCAAAGGUUUGCUGAUAAGUAAUUACUCAGCAUGUAGAGAACUGAGAGCACUGAGGGCUAACCACACUGCAGUCUGUAUAAGUGCCUGUUCCUUAUCUGGUUUCCAACAAUAAGGUCACUGUGGCAUUACAGUUUACUGCUUUCACAAGCUGUCUGUGAGUACUAAAGGAGGAGAGAUUCCCCUAGGAGUAGCAUUUGGCUGCCAUUUAAAAGGUUGAGUCAAUAAUUCAGUAAACUCAUGUGCUUAGAGUUUUGUGUCUACAGGUUGAUACUUGGUGGGCAGCAGACAAAUAGUGGGACGGCCAAUACCUCUGUGCGGUGGGGAUGGAGUGAAUUUUAUAGGCUUUCUACCACUUAAUCAGACUACUAAUCAGAUUUCAAAUGGGCAACAGCAGGAGCUUAGUGAGAUUUAACUUUUGUAGUUGGUGGCAUUUUUUUGAUCCACCCCUGAGUUGUCUUUUCAAAUCAAAGUGUUGUAUAGGGAUCGGGGCAGAUAAAGUGAGUCAUUUCUUUCUGACUCUUGUUUGCUUUCAUCCUGGAAUCCAUAAAAAAUGACUAAGGGUCUCCCACAGCCCUUGGCUCUGAGCCCAAACCCCUCUCCACCACCCUGUCGCAGUCAGGUUCUCUUGAGAUCCCUAAAUUAAGCAAGGGCUGGUUUUAUUUUGUUUUAAUCUUUGCCUCUGGGGCCAAACACAGGAGUGCUUGUUGAAUGAAUAAACCAGCCACGUUCACUGAUUAUUCCGUUGCUUGCAGUAGCAGGAUUCCAGUAGUUAUGCAGAGAUGUUUUCUCUUUGGAAGGAUGGCUAUAUAAAGAAUGCAGAAGUGAAGCAGUUUUCAUGCUUUGAUGGAAUAUCCUUAGUGGUCAGAAAAGUGAGUUCUACUUUGGACAGAACCAACAACCUAAGAAGAGACAAAGGAGAGUGGAGUGAAGGCAGUUUAGGAGCACAUCCCCUGGCCUAAUACUGGACUGCUUGCCAUCCAAGCCAGGCUUCACAUUUGUCUCAGUAUAGUCUAUAGAAUGAAAGUGUUAAUAGGUACUGUCUCAUAUGGCUCUUGGUCAUAUUAAUAUAUUUAAAGUGCUUAUAAAAGUGCCUGUCACACAGUAAGCGCUCAAUAAAUGUUAGCUAUUGCUUUAAUCUCUUACAUACACAGUGAUACAUUUGCUCCAAUGGGAGUGGGAAGGCUUAGGAAAGUUGUAGACUGUAGGCCAUUAGGGACACAACCCCCCCAAUACCCGUGUACUUGGGGGUCUUUGGAUUUUUAACCAUCAGUUCUCCUUGGUUAGUAAGGCCAAGGGGUCAGGUAGAGUUGAAAGCCCCUCCCAAGGUCACCCAGCGUUUAUGGCUGAGACACUCAGCCCUUUCUGAGCUGAAUCCUUCCCAUCAGCCACCGGCUGGUUUAGGAAGGCGUUGGAGUCACCUUAAGUGCCCUUAAUUUCUCUUCCUGGCCUUAGGGGUCAGGAACAGGGAAGGCAGACCGAGCAGGAGGCAGGAGUACGUGCGUUCUCGGGCCUCGUGCAAGCCCCCGCGAAACUUCGUUUUCCUCCCCGGAGGGUAGGAGCUCACCAGGAAAGCAGGACCGCGAGCUCCCAGCACCCUCCGGCCCUGUCCCGCGAAGAGCGGUUUCCUCCCGGCGCAGACUGGGCGGGGCCGGAGGGGGCGGGGUCGUGCCCUCAAUGCACGCGCAGGGGGCGGGGUGGCCAGGCCGCUGUUGGUCCUCUGGCAACUGCGGAGCAGCGGAGGGUGGAGCCGGGGGCGGAGGCAGGCCAGAGUGGAGGCAGGUCCAGGCGCAGCUGUUACUGGGGCAGGUCGGGGGCGGUUGCCGCGGUGGUGACAAGAGAGUGGCCGGGUCCCUACGACCCGGGGCGGAGCUCUGCGAUCCAAGUGCUCGGCUCCCCAAGAGAGGUGGGCGGGCGGCUCGGGACCCUGGCCAGGGCCGGCAUGGAGCGGUGGCGUGACCGGCUGGCACUGGUGACGGGAGCCUCGGGGGGCGUCGGCGCGGCUGUGGCCCGAGCCCUGGUCCAGCAGGGACUGAAGGUAGUGGGUUGUGCCCGCACCGUGAGCAACAUCGAGGAGCUGGCUGCCGAAUGUAAGAGUGCAGGCUACCCCGGGACUUUGAUGCCCUACAGAUGUGACCUGUCAAAUGAGGAGGACAUCCUCUCCAUGUUCUCGGCGGUCCGCUCUCAGCACAGUGGUGUGGACAUCUGUAUCAACAACGCUGGCUUGGCCCGGCCUGACACCCUGCUCUCAGGCAGCACCAGCGGUUGGAAGGACAUGUUCAAUGUGAACGUGCUGGCCCUCAGCAUCUGCACACGGGAAGCCUACCAGUCCAUGAGGGAGCGGAAGGUGGAUGAUGGGCACAUCAUUAACAUCAACAGCAUGUCUGGCCACCAAGUGCCACCCCAGUCCGUGGCCCAUUUCUACAGUGCUACCAAGUAUGCCGUCACUGCGCUGACAGAGGGGCUGAGGCAAGAGCUUCGGGAGGCCCAGACCCACAUCCGAGCCACGUGCAUCUCUCCAGGAGUGGUGGAGACACAAUUCGCCUUCAAACUCCAUGACAAGGACCCUGAGAAGGCAGCUGCCACCUAUGAACACAUGAAGUGUCUCAAACCUGAGGAUGUGGCCAAGGCUGUCAUCUAUGUCCUCAGCACCCCGCCACAUGUCCAGGUGAGUCUGGCCUUGGAUGUCCAUCCCCCAGAGGAGCCCGACCGUCCCCAGAGGAGAAGAGCAGGGAGGCUUUAAGGGGGUGGGGAGAGGGUCCUGGCUGCCUCAAGCCUUGUGCCUUCUGCAGAUCGGAGACAUCCAGAUGAGGCCCACGGAGCAGGUGACCUAGUUUCCUGUGGGGAGCUCCUCCUUCCCUCCCUGCCCCUCAAGGCUUGGCACCUGCCUCUGGAUUUGGGGUGUUGAUUUCUGGACCCUUGGAUUCCACUUCCUUUCCCCACCCCCAGCAGGGGCUAGAAAACUUGUUUGAGAUUUCAUAUAAUCUUGUCAAAUUGUUUCCACCGAAUUUGAAAAAUGGGCAGGGGAGAGGAGGUGUUUGUUUUCCCUACUGAUUCAUUCUUGGUCUCCUUCUUGGGCUCCUUGGCCUUUGUUUGCUGUCCUUGGUCUCUUCCCUUUGACCUGGGAAAGGGGCUGUGGCCAAAAGUGGGGCUUUCCCCUAUCUUCUUGCACCCCACCCCCGUCCCUUCAGGAUGAGGCGGCAGAGGGAAGCCCUCACCUUCCAUCUGAAUGGAUUUCGGGGCUCUGGGCUUCCUCCUUUCCCUGCAUCCCACCCCCCACCCCAUCUAUUCCCCGUCCCAGUUCUCCAGCCCCACUGUGGCUUCUCAGCCCCCGGUGGGGUCCUCACUCCACUCUAUGGCAGCAGAGUACCAGGGCCUGCCUCCCAUGUGGGUUUCACUGUGAUCAUUAAAAAAGAAAAACUACGAAAACCUGCCUUGGCUUCAGAAGUGUCUUUCAGGUCUUCCCCCUUGCUGUGAUCAGGAAUGGUUGUGUCUCAGAGUUUCUUCCAGGAGAGUGGGAAGGUGGAUGGAUUGGGGGCAUCACUCCUGGAGUGUGCAUUACCUUUGAGCUGGGUCUUGAAAAUGGGUAGGAGUUUGCCUGCCAGAAAAGAAGACAACAGGGCUUGCAAGGCGGGGAGGCCCGGAAGAGCAUGCGGUGUUGUGGGAACAGCACAGAACUUAGUGCAGGAGUGAGGUG